AUCACAGCGCCAGUAUUAUUUUUAUCUCUGCCAUCUCCCACCAUCUUUCCCUUGUUUACAAAUUCAACACUCAAAGACUUCUUUUUUAACUAAAUCUCUCUCUCUCUCUCUCUCUCUCUCUCUCUCCUCUUUUUUCCACAGGAAUCCCUCAGUUUCAGAGCUCUCUCUCUUCAUUUCUUGAUUCUCGACACACACACACAUACAGACAUAUAUAUAUAUAUCUAUAUAAAAGUGUAAAACCCAAAGUUUGCUCCGAUGCAUCACUUUCUGAUGCUAUCUGCUGCAUAUAAUGUCGAGUGGCCGUGAAAUUUUUUCAUUGUUAUCUAUGAUCCAUCACUGUUAGUCUCAGAUGUGGAGAUCACAUUGAUAGUUAAUUAGUCUUGUGUGGGAGUCUACGCGCGAUGCGGGUGAAGGAGAUGCACCCGCUGUGCUGCAUAACGCUGGAGAGCCCAGGGAUCGGGGAUGGGUCGCCGGAGCCGACCCUUCUGAGAACUGGGUCGGCAGUGAAUUUCUCCAGCGGUGGAUCUGAGGUCAAUGCCGGAGGAUCUGAUGUCAGCACCAGCACUAGCGUGGCCGGGAUCCUCUACAAGUGGACUAACUACGGCAAGGGGUGGCGAUCCCGGUGGUUCACGUUGAGAAACAAUGGGGUCCUCUCUUACUCCAAGACGCGCCGCCCCGACGCGCCGCCUGGAAACGAUGUGAUUCUUAUUGGCUCCGCCACUGGCAGGCCCCCGGGGGGGAGGACGGAAAAACAAACCGUCGGCAUUGUCCAUUUAAAGAUCUCGUCAUUUCGUGAGAGUAAGUCUGACGACAGGCGAUUUUACAUAUUUACGGCUACAAAGACGCUUCAUUUAAGGACGAAUACGAAGAAAGAACGAGUGGCUUGGAUACAGGCUUUGAUUUCAACAAGAAGCCUCUUUUCACUGAGACCGCAGACUGACAACACCCCGCUUCUAACUAGAGAUUUGUCAAUAUCAACUGAAAGGUUGAAGCAGCGUUUGCUUGAGGAGGGCAUUGGUGAAGGCCUUGUUAAGGACUGUGAACAGAUCAUGCUCUCAGAAUUUUCUGGCAUUAAAGGACAGUUUCAAUUUCUCUGCGAGGAGCGUUCCAAUUUAUUGGAUACAUUGAGACAAUUAGAGGCGGCGAAUAUUGAAGCUGAAGCCUCUGGAAUUAAUGAUGGUGAAUAUCAAUUGAUGAAGCAUGAUUAUACAAAUCUAGCCCGUGGAAAAUACAGUGAAUGGAGCACUACUGAAUCAUCAGAUGAUGUUGAAAAGCAAGAUCUUGAGGAAGCAUCAGAUGAGGAGGAAAUUCAUUUCUUUGACACAAAUGAGUACUUUUCCGAACUGGAUUGCAGCUCUGGAUCAGUAGGUGUAGAUCACAUGGAUGAUUGUGGGAGAUUGGGGAAUCAAACUGAUAAUGUGGACAAGUUGGAUGCAAAGAAAAAUGCAACAAACUCUAGAUACCCACAUGUUGAGAGAAGGAAGAAGUUGCCAGAUCCAAUUGAGAAGGAGAAAGGGGUCAGCCUAUGGUCUAUGAUCAAGGACAACAUUGGUAAGGAUUUGACAAGAGUCUGUCUCCCGGUGUACUUCAACGAGCCGAUAUCGUCUCUGCAAAAAUGUUUUGAAGACUUAGAGUAUUCUCAUCUUCUGGAUCAGGCAUAUGAGUAUGGGAAAGCGGGGAACAGUCUUAUGAGGAUUCUGCACGUUGCCGCUUUUGCUGUGUCUGGAUAUGCUUCAUCAGAAGGUCGCCACUGUAAACCAUUCAAUCCCUUACUUGGCGAAACUUAUGAAGCUGAUUAUCCAGAGAAAGGAAUUCGCUUUUUCUCUGAAAAGGUCAGUCACCACCCUACUCUCAUUGCUUGUCACUGUGAAGGUAAAGGCUGGAAAUUCUGGUGUGACACUAACCUCAAAUCAAAAUUUUGGGGGAGAUCAAUCCAACUUGAUCCAGUGGGAACUCUUAAUUUAGAGUUUGAUGAUGGGGAAAUCUUCCAAUGGAGCAAGGUCACAACCAGCAUCUAUAAUUUAAUUCUUGGUAAUAUAUAUUGUGACCACCAUGGAACAAUGCAUAUACGAGGUAAUCGCCAGUACUCAUGCAAACUCAAGUUUAAGGAACAGUCUAUUCUAGAUCGCAAUCCUCACCAGGUUCAUGGGUUUGUCGAAGAUGUCAAAGGGAAAAAAGUAGCUCAAUUAUUUGGAAAGUGGGAUGAUAGCAUGUAUUUUGUAAAUGGAGAAGGAACUGGCAAUGUGAAAGAUAGGUCUGAGGCAUCCUUAUUAUGGACAAGGAAUAAGCCACCCGAAAACCUCACUCGCUAUAACCUAACCUCUUUUGCUAUUACAAUGAACGAAUUGACACCAGGGCUAAAGGAGAAGCUCCCACCUACAGAUUCAAGACUGAGGCCAGACCAACGGCAUCUGGAGAACGGGGAAUUUGAGAAGGCAAAUGCAGAGAAACUUCGACUCGAAACGCGACAGAGAAUGUCGAGGAAAUUGCAAGAACAUGGUUGGAAACCUAGAUGGUUCCAUAGAGACGAUGAUGGACCCUUCCGUUACAUUGGUGGGUACUGGGAAGCCCGAGAGCAAGGCAAGUGGGAUGGAUGUCCAGAUAUUUUUGGUGAGAUCAGUGAGGAUCUCGUUACUUCCUUUCAAGAUUCCUGACCUCGACAUAGGACGGCCAAUAGCCUUGUGGAUCUGCUGUAAACAUUCAUGGACUGUAUGCCCUUUUUUCCUUCCAUAAAGAUCAUCAUUUGAGGUUUGAAAACUUUGAAGCCCGGAAGACAAUUGAACUCGACAAUUAAUCGUUAGUUAGGAGAUUACAAGAAGCACAUAAAAAAAAAAAAAAGGAUAGCUUGCAGAACUUCACAAGAUUUUGUAUGCGUAUGUAUCCGAUUUAUUCCAAUUCCCAGCAAUUAUAGCUGUGAGCACAGUGUUUAGUUGUAGGCAGUUAUUUACCUAUUUGUUAUUCUAUAUUCUGAAUAAACACAUUGCUUAGUUAUAAUGUAUUGUACAGGCCUAAAUAAUCUCUUGGCUUGUCACUUGUUUUUACCCAAUCAAUCAGGGUACUGGUUUUACUUGUCCCAAAGUGGCUGUUUUAGAACGGAAGUCCUCAGUCCAACUGAGGUGUGAUACUUGAAACCUCGAAAUUCCUAUUUGUUAUUUUUCUU